UCAAAGUGGUGACGUUCCGGGUGGCUUUCUCUUUUGCUGCGCAGCUCGCGGGGGGAACAGAGACACGUGGGAUCGCUCCGUUCGCUUGUGUAGACAAGAUGGUGAAACUCGCUAAGGCAGGUAACAAGCAAGGAAAACCUAAAAAGGCUGCCCCUCCACCACCACCACCACCUGCUGAAGAGUUUGAAGAGUCCACUUCUGAUGAGGAAAGUGAAGAGGAGGAACUGCCAGCACCACCACCAAUUAAGAAGGUUGCUAAGACCCCACAGUCUUCCAACAAAAAAAAUGGUAAAGCUGUAAAGAAAGAGAGCAGCGAGGAGGAAGAGGAGGUGGAGGAGGAGGAAGAUGAUGAGGAGGAGGAUGAUUCUGAAGAGUCUGAAGAAGAGAAACCUGCUAAGUGUGCGGCCGUCAUGACUAAAAAAGCAAAAGAAGAGUCAGACGAAGAUGAUGACGACGACGAUGAUGAGGAUGAAUCUGAGGAAGAAGAGGCUAUGGAUACAGCACCAUCAUCCAAGGCUAAAAAAGCUGGCAUGGUGAAAGUUCAGGAUGAAGAAGAUGACGAAGACGAUGAAGAAGAUGACGAAGAGGAUGAGGAAGAUGACGAAGAGGAAGAAGUUGAGAUUGCUGUAACAACAAAAGCUGGAAAGAGAAAGAAAGUGGAACAGAAGUCAGCCACUCCAGCUAAGAAGCAAAAAUCUGACAGUGAUGAAUCAUUCUCACUGUUUGUUGGAAACUUAAACUCUGAAAAGAACUUUGAAGAACUAAGGAAAGCGCUGAAUGGUUUCUUCACCAAAAAGAAACUGUCGGUUACAGAUGUCCGAAUUGGAUCCACGAGGAAAUUUGGCUACGUUGACUUUGAAACCAAAGAACAACUGGAAAAGGCAUUGGAAUUCAAUGGAAACAAAGUGCUAGGACUGGCAGUCAAACUCGACAAAGCACGCAGCAAAGAAAGCAAUGCGGAUAGCAAAAGAGAAAGGGACUGCAGGACGUUGUUUGUCAAAAACCUCCCUUUCAAGAUAACACAAGAUGGCCUCAAAGAGAUUUUUGAUGAUGCAAUUGAUAUUAGAAUUCCUGUUGCUCGCGAUGGUUCCGGAACACGAGGCAUUGCGUAUAUCGAAUUUGAAAGUGAAGCAGCUGCAAAUUCAGCAUUGGAACAGAAACAAGGCACAGAUGUUGAUGGCCGGGCCAUUGUUAUUGACUUCACUGGGGACAAGAGUAUGUUAAAUACAAAGUCUGGACAAACACAACCAAAUUCUGAUACACUUGUUGUAAAUAACUUGGCAUAUUCUGCAACAGAAGAUACCCUUCAGAAUAUUUUUGCAAAAGCAUUAUCAAUCAAAAUUCUAGAAAAGAAUGGCCGACCAAUGGGAAUUGCAUUUGUUAAAUUUGAAUCUAUUGAGGAUGCUAAAGAAGCUCUCGAGAAUCAUAGCAAUACAGAAAUAGAGGGGAGAACUGUGAGAUUGGAUUUCAGCAACCAAGGGCACAGGAGUGGGGAUGGUCCUAGCAAGACAUUGUUUGUUCGUGGCCUUUCUGAUGAGACAACUGAAGAAACUUUGAAAGAAGCCUUUGAGGGAGCUGAGAGUGCUAGAAUUGCAAUGGACAGGGAAUCUGGACGAUCAAAAGGUUUUGGCUUUGUGGACUUCCCGUCCGAAGAAGAUGCAAAAUUAGCUAAGGAUGCGAUGGAAGAUGGAGAAAUUGAUGGAUGCAAAAUUAUGCUUGAUUUUGCUCGACCAAAGGGUGACAGCCAACGAGGUGGUCGAGGUGGAGGCUUUGGAAGAGGUCGAGGAGGUCGUGGCAGAUUUAGUGGCAGAGGCCGUGGUGGACGAGGCGGUGGUCGGGGUGGAUUUGGAGGAUUCAGAGGUGGAAAGAAUACUCCCCAAGGAAAGAAAAUCAAAUUUGAGUAGAGAGGCCAAUAAGACUGCUUUACCUCCUUGUGUUCAGACAGAGCCUCUGAUUGCCUCACAGUUGGACAUUCCACGAUUCUGCAUGGACUGACUGGCUGUGCAAAUUGGAGUGGUGGGAGCUCCUUAAGUUUCUGAAUGGACUUACAAUUAAGUAAAGACAGAAAUUGUUGGUAUACCUUUUGUGGAUUUUGUCAAAUUUAAGUUUCCUGUUUUACUGAUGUGUAAAUGUAUUGCUCCCUAUGAUUUUUUAGUUACAAUGUAAAUGCCAAAAUAUGUUUUAGAAUGUUGUGCUUGACAUACUGUCUACUGGAUUAAAAAGACCUUAUUUCACAA